UGAUGUACUGUUGUAUUCUGGUACUGUAAAUUGCAAUCACGGUUGAUGCUUCUCUAAACAAUUUCCCAGAAAUUCUAAAAACUUCUUCGUAUAAUUGUCAUCCACACAAAUCUUAUAACAUGAGAAUCAUCUGACAGCGUGGAUUCUAGAGUCUAGACAAUCAACAACAUCUCAUCCAUUCAUGCCACAUGUCCACCAUCUGGUGGACAACCAAUGAUUCUGCUUCCAUGUCAGCUUCUUCUACCCAAAAUAUAUUGCACUUUGCAUCCUGUGAAGCCAAUUCUUUUGGCUUCAUUUGCUUCCUCUUAGACUCACCCAUUUGAGCUUCAAAGCAAGAUACCUUAGCUUUAUUAUCUCUCAUUGUGAAUUGAUUAUUUUUUAUUUUUAAAAAAUAAUAAUAAUUUCAUACCCUUUGAAAUUUUUUUCUUGAUUAAAACUAUACUAUGGAAUCCCUCAAUGCACUACAAUUGAAGCCAAUUUGUGUUCUUCCUGAUCAAAGAGGAAAACCCAGAAAAUUUCCUCAAAUCCCAACACUUCCAUCUCUCAAAUUUCCACAAUUUUCAACAAAUAAAGUCAACCCACCAAAUUUUACAGAGGAUUUAGCAAGGAAAUUUCAUGGAAGUUUAGUACUUUUGGCUUCUGCUUUCAGUGCUCAAGUUGCUGGUGCUUUAACUUAUGAGGAAGCAAUAAGUCAAUCAGUAAAUGAAAAUCCUGCAGCUGAUUUUGAUGCUGGAAGUGUUGUUGAAACAAUUGUUCAAAACCCACUUAUUAUAGCUGGUGGAGUUGCUGUGAUUGCAGUUCCUCUGGUUUUAUCUCAGGUUUUUGGGAGCAAACCCAAACCUUUUGGUGUUCAGCCUGCUAAAGCUGCAUAUGCUAAGUUGGCUGAGGACCCAAAUGCUCAGCUUCUUGAUAUAAGAUCCUUGAAGGAAUCAAAGGAAGUAGGUAGUCCCGAUAUUCGAGGAUUGAAGAAGAAGGCGAUUUCGGUUGUGUAUAGAGGUGAAGAUAAGCCAGGGUUCUUGCAAAAGUUGUCAUUGAAGUUCAAGGAUCCAGAGAACACUACUUUGUAUAUCUUAGACAAAUUCGAUGGAAACUCUGAGUUAGUUGCAGAAUUGGUGACUGCAAAUGGGUUCAAAUCUGCUUAUGCUAUCAAAGAUGGAGCAGAAGGACCUCGGGGAUGGCAGAAUAGCAGUCUCCCUUGGGUUCUACCAAAAAAGUCAUUCAGCCUUGAUUUUACUGCUUUGACAGAAGCAUUUGGUGGUGUAUUUGAAGAGAGUGCUGAUGCAUUACCACUGCUAGGAAUUGGUGCAGCCACUGCUGCUGGAUUGGGCUUAUUGGCUUUCACAGAGAUGGAAACCGUUCUCCAACUGCUAGGAUCAGCCGCACUAGUUCAGCUGUUCAGCAAAAAGCUUUUAUUAGCAGAGGACAGAAAGCAAACAUUUAAACAACUCGAUGAAUUUGUCACCACCAAGGUUGCUCCCAAAGAGCUUGUUUCAGAUAUAAAGCAAAUAGGAACUGCCCUUCUACCAAUAACUGUGAAUAACAAGGCUCUUCCAGCACCUGCAGAGGCAGCACCUACAGAGACAGCACCUACAGAGGCAGCAUCUGCAGAGGCAGCACCUACAGAGGUGGCCCCUGCCGAGGCCACCCCUGAAGCAGCUGUUGUGGAAAACAGCAUUCAGAAAGCUGAAGCUGUCCCAGAACCACAAGCAGAAGUACCGGCAGAACCUGCCCCAGAAAUCAAUUCCACGCCUCAGAACGAAGUUAAAGCAGUAUCACACCCAAGGCCACUUUCUCCAUAUGCUGCAUAUCCAGAUUUCAAGCCUCCAAGUUCCCCUUGUCCUUCACAACCUUGAGAGAUGGAGAUUUUCAAGAAUCAGUUUUUCGCCAUAAACAUGCAACCGGAGUUGAUGCAUGUGAAAUAUGAGCUUAUUAUGGUGGGCACAAACAAGUGAAACUUGAUUGUUUCCCUUACUAGGCCAGAUAAAUUGUAUUAGUCGUUUGCUAAGAUAUCUUGAGGUGUUUACUGCAACUGAGGUUUUUUGGUUUUUCCUCCUCAGAAUUGGUUGGAUAUUGUAUUAUAUAAUAUGUAGCUUCUGUUAAAUGAUACUCCAUUGUCCUUACAUCUAUACCAACAAAUCUAAAGGGUGUACUGAACUUUUUUAGGUUGUUCAGUAUAUAUGUUUAUGUA